CCUAACUUCACUUCAGUGAUUAAGUUUAUUGUGAAUUUAGUAGUGAUUCUCAGUUAUUCGAAAAUAAUCCAAUAAAAUGGGUAAAAAAGCAGAAGUAGGUACUCCUAAGUACCUUGCCAAUAAAAUGAAAGCAAAAGGUCUUCAAAAACUUAGAUGGUAUUGUCAGAUGUGUCAAAAACAGUGCAGAGAUGAAAAUGGUUUUAAAUGUCACACCACAUCUGAAUCACAUCAAAGGCAAUUACUUUUAUUUGCGGAUAAUUCUAAACGAUACAUAGAUGAUUUUUCAUAUGAAUUUGCGAAGGGCUAUAUGGAAAUACUCCGCAGACAAUUUGGAACCAAGAGAGUUAAUGCAAAUAAAGUAUAUCAGGAAUACAUUCAUGACAGAGAUCAUGUACACAUGAAUGGUACCAGAUGGGUUACCCUAACUGGUUUCGUUAAAUGGCUAGGGAAAACAGGGCAAGCUGUUGUAGAUGAAACAGAAAAAGGUUGGUUUAUAACUUAUAUUGAUAGGAGUCCUGAAACUGUAGAACGGGAAGAAAUGAAAAAGAAAAAACAAAAAAUGGAUAAAAAUGAUGAAGAAAAACAAAUGGAAUUUGUAGAGAAACAAAUACGGUUAGCCCAAAAACAAGGGCCAUCUGUCGAACCUGUAUAUACAGAAUUAGUUAGAGAUAAUGAAGAAGAGGUUUUGAAAUUAGAUAUAAAGUUGAAAACUGAUAAACAGGCAACACCAACCCCACAAAAUAUUUUUAAAAUUCCUCCUACAGUACCUACAGAAUCAAAGAAGAGGAAACUUGAUGACAAGAAAAAAUCUGCUCUAGAUGAAAUUAGGGAACUAGAAGAGAGUAAAAGAGAAAAACAAAAUAGAAAAGACUAUUGGAUUGCUGAAAAUAUAAUCGUAAAAGUAAUUACAAGAAACUUGGGUGAAGAGUACUAUAAGCAAAAAGGAAUAGUUAAAGAAGUUAAAGAUAAAUAUGUGGCAGUUGUAAAACUCUUAGACAGUGGUAAAAAGUUGAAAAUUGAUCAAGAACAUUUAGAAACUGUGAUACCAGCUUUAGGAAAAUUAGUAAAAGUUGUAAAUGGUGCUUAUAGAGGAGAAACUGCUACAUUGUGCAGUGUGGAUGAAAAAAAUUUUUGUGUUGAAAUAGAGAUCUACAGUGGGUUGUUGAAAGGCAGAAAAGUUAAAGGGGUACAAUAUGAAGAUAUAUGUAAAUUAAAUGAUCAAUAAUUUGUAAAAUAUGUGUAUAUAAUACAUAGAAAAACAUUUUAUUUAAAAUUCCAACUAUCAAAAGGAAUACUAUCUUAUUUAUUUGCCUUUAUAUUGGGUAAUCUGUUUUUCUGAUACAAAUUCCUACAAAGAAUUAUCUGAUAUAUUUAGAUUAGAUGAGUGUAAGGUUGUGAAUUUACCUGUCACACAUUUUGAUCUAUUGAGUACCCCGGACUGUAUUCCAGUCAGCAACGACUUUGUAAAGUGAGCUAUCUGUCUGGGGGCUAUGUGGCUUACCUUUAAAAAGCUUAAAUGUAAGUACCUUUGUUUUUGUUUAUAGAUUGCUUCGCACCCACAAAGAAGGUCUUUGGCGCACAAGAGCUGUUGAGAGUUUCUUCCAUGUUCUUGAGGUGAUAGUUCACCGGGCAGUGUCCAGUGAGAAUAGCAGUAAUUCUCCUUAGCUCGUCUUUGUUCAAUGAUAGGGCCAUUACAGACCGGUUGGUGAUAUAGGGAAAAUUUUUUUUAUUCUUUUAGACCUGUGUUCUUUUUCCAUGUUUCUGAUUUUUUCUUGUUUUCCCACUUUUUUAUGACCAUGACAUGAUGACUUUUUGGGAAGCCUAUGAAAGGUUGUGGUCCUAUGAAAGGAAUUAUUCCGCCUUUUUUUGCCAGAUGAUCGGCUCAUACAUUGCCAUGUACUCCGGUGUAGCCAGGUACCCACAUAAGAAUAACUGUAUUGUUUGCUCACAUGGAGCUUAAAUAUUUGAUGCGGUUCCAUAUUAGUUCAUAUGAGUCAAUUGCUUGCAGGGCUGCUCUGUUAUCUGAUGGAUGAAUAUCUUUGCAUUCUGGUAGUUACCUUGUAACAGCGAAAUACACAUGUAAGGAUAUAGUAAGUUUCCACUUAGAAAAUGGAAGGUUCUGAGCCCAUUGGGAUAGUGAGCUUUGAUUCUGGGCCAAAUAUUCCUACCCCUGUAUGUCCAUUUUUCCUUUUUGAGAUAUGAAGGUAGAAUACUAAUGAACCUCGAGGGAAUGCAAUCGCAUUUGUCCAUUGCUGUCGAUUUGUUAUAAUAAUUUAACAGUUUUUGGUAAAGCAUAGUUUGAAAGAUAUCUGAUAAAUAGUUUAGUAUAUGUUUUUGAAUAAAUUGGGUAAAACUGUUGGACUCUAAUGUGACAUAUAUUUUUUUACUUAGAUAAAAUUAACUACAUUAUACGGGGGUUGCUACAAAUUUUGAGAUAUACAAAAAACAAAUAUUUAUAAUUGGAUAUGGUUUUAUUGUUUUUCUAAAUAUUCUCCAUUCAUAUCAAUACAUUUUCGAAUCCAUUUGAACCAAUUGUCAAAGCAUUUUUUCCAUUCCAAUUGAAGUAAACGCUUCAAUGGUGACGACGAUAUCCAGUUAUUUCGCUGAAACAUGCGACUAUUUGCUUUGAAGCUCUUCAUGUGUUAACAAUUUUUGUCUCGAUCUUUUUUUGAGCGUUGGACAAAUUAUGCAUUAUCCAACAUGAACAAAUCUUUUCGACAGCCAAUAUGUUGUAAUAUUAAAUGUAUGUAAUGCCCAAGUAACCCUCAAUUUCACAGCAUCUAUGUUUUCUGACACUACAGCAGAUUUUGGAUGUCCAUCAGCAAACGCAGUGACGCGGUGCUUCAUCACCAAAAGUCAAAGCGAGUUGAUUGGUACACUACUAUAUAGAAUAUAUAGAAAAUCAUCUCAUGAAAAUGUUCGCGAAUUCAUUUUUUGACCAAGUUUCAAAUAUUUGUAAACAAGUUAAAUAGCACUUGUAUGACAACACGUUCUGAGUUCGUUCACCAUUAAAAAUUCUAAACUUUCUGAAGGCAAAGAUUUGACAUAUUCAUAUCAGUAUUGCCAUAUCUAAAAACUUAAGUAGUAUCCCUCAUAUUUUCCGUCAGAGAGAAAAAUUUUAAGAUGUAUGCCAAACCACCAAUGGUAGUCCUCCUUAAGAUAGUUAAAUUACCAAUUUGUUUCUUUAUUUUAAAGGAUCCCAAAUGCUUUUUCACUGACUAUUCCUAUUCCAGAGCAGCAUUUAAACAAAAUGUUUGGUGAUUUCCAAUAUUAGAGUGUGUAAUAAAGCAGAUUAUAAAGAAAAUUUUUUUGAGGUUUUCUAACUAUCAAUUUUAGUUUAUAUAGAAUGAAAAGAUACUGAUAUUAUAGCCCCAUCUUCUUUUUCAUGAAUUUUAUUUAUUUAUAUGAUCUAACAAAUUAUGAUAUUUGAAAUGUAAUACAUAUUUGUUAUUAAAUAUUUAUAUAUAAUAAAUGUUCAAUUUUGUACUCCUAUGUUCCCAAACUUUCCCCACAUAAAAUUCUUUGUAAUUUAUACAGUGUGCUGGUACAAUGUACCUCUAAUUUUUGUUAUUUAAAUGAAACUUAAUUUUAACAUAAUUAUACAGGUUAAUGGCACUCUUUUUCGUAAUCCCUGAUUAAUUAAAUAAAUAUUUUGAUAGAAGCAUUAAAUUCAGUCAUUUUAAAGUCUUUUGAAAUCAAAAUUAACAUUCAAAUGACUUUAACGGAAGAACUGGAAAUAAUCCAAUUGUUUGGACAUCAUGCUCCUAUCAAUUGAAAAAAUGCUGUAAUGUUUAACUUGAAACUGUGAAAGUGAUCCUAUUUCCCAUAAAAAACAACUAAAAUCGAUAAUGCAAACCCAAAAUAUAAUAUUAAGUUUAGGUAGUAGGUAGUUAACUCUAAUAGAAAUAAAAUAAUCUUCCGAUAGAUAA